CCAUCCUACUUAUACUUAUAGAUAAUACCUACUCCUAUUACACUUGAGAAUGAAGCGCAACAACGGCGCAGCACUGCCACAAAGUGAUGAUGAUUCAUAUUGAGAUGGACUCACGUAACUGCCAUCUAGUUAGAAGGUGGUUUCGGAAAGAUUCAACAUCCGCGAACGGUUACGUGAUCGGACGGAAUUGUGCCGCGCCAAGCCGGUUUCCAGCCUCCAUAAUUACGCCUUCUGUGCCCCUCAACGCCAACGGAACAAUAAGCAUGUAAAAUCAAGUGUAAGUCCGAUAUCUUUGCAAUUCCACAAUCACAUAACCGCUGAGGUAAUCGGUUCAAUCUUGCUCGUGAAUUACUUAGUUAUUUAGCAUGUCGACCGCUGCCAACGGCCAACAGGCAGAAAUGGCGGCGAAAGGGGACGCAGAUGAUGCACUUCGGCGUCGACGCGAACGGGGUCGUCGAUCCCAAGCUGGCUUCCGAAAACGCCAAGCAGAGUCGAAUCAGCAUAUGCGAGAUCAAAAUCGCCAGCUGAAAGCCGCGAUUGAAAAAUUGAUCAACACAACCCGUGGCGACGAGCAUCCAGAAUUGCUCAACACCAUAUUCGAAGUAGCCGAAGCUGCUGGCAUUGAUGCUCGAAGACCUACAGACGGCGAAAACGUCCAGCGUUGGCCUAAACACGCGAAAUACAGGAAUAGACAGCCUUCCGCGUCUGACGCUGGCGGGGAAGUUGACAUAACCAUCGAUCCUACGACAAGGGAUAUUGCUCCUCAAGAGGACGACCAGGGAUACGCUAACUUCAACCCGUCGACGACAUCACCCUCAUUUUCAUCGCAACGACUUCGAUGUGGUAUAUGGCUAGACCACCAACAUUACAUGCGCAUAUCCAUACCACCCGACGAUAUCCUACCGUUUCUAGGGCCGCGAUCUAAGACCCUUGCCGGGAUUCUUUUCUGGGAUUUGAUGGACCACACUCAAAAUAAAUGCAAGCGUCCACACUCAGACGAUGCCACUGCUAUCCGGAGAGGUUUGGGCCACUCAAAAGUUACCGAAGACUGGGCGGUUAGCUACAUCCAAGCCAUGGUCGAGGCGAGGCAGGAGUACAGGCGGACGGGGUCGAUAAGUCCGCAGUACGCAUCGGCCGCGGAACGCGAUUUGGGAACGAUGGUGCGCGAUCGAAUUACCGCAGAAUACUACGCUCAAGGAAAGGAUCCAAACCAAUGGCUAUCCACCUUGGGGAUUGAAAAACGGGUUAGGGCUAUGAUCGGUGAUGAGGCCUUCGCACGUCUGGAGGCGGCUGCGAAAGGCGAAGGGGAUCCCGCUUUACGAUAUUUCUUCGAAAAUAUCGAGUGCAAGCUUCACGAAACUUGUAUCUGCUUCGGUGACGGGCCGAGGUGGAGUGUCGAUGUCGUGGACGGGAUAUUUCUUAAUUGGGUCCACUCUGCCAUCUGGUCCCCCACAUGAUGGAGAUCUGGGGAAGCUUAAAGCACAUGGAGUAUGUGUAGCUGUAGGAUAUGUUUUUUGUAAGUAAUAGAUCCAUAUCUUAGCUGGAUUUGCAGUUGAUUUAAGGAUCCAUGUAAUUUGGAAUAUUC